UGGGCUGAAACAAAACACAAGGACGUUUAAACCUCGGCAUUACGAGUAGAGUAGAUAUUCGAUAAAAUAAAAUUAAAUCGAUCAAAUCUAACAUAGAAGUAGAAUAGAAAAACAAAACAAAAGAAAAACAUGCGAAGUAAAAAAAAAAAAAAGGUUAAUCAUGAAUAAGUUCAAGAGAAAAUAAAAAACAAAAAGGAAAAACUACAGAACACGUCUACCUAGUUUUGAAUCGAGCAGACAGUCAAUUCUGAUCGGUUUUCCUUCGCGGUUAAACAAAAAUACAACUACUAGCUGGUAAAAUGUGCGAAAAAUUCGAUGGUUAUGAAAACUACAGAAGAAGAAACGCUGUCACAGAUGUAUUCUCAAGAACGUGAGUGUUCUUUGGAUCUUCAGCCAAGUUAACCACCGUUAGUUUCACCAUGGACGAAGACAAAGAUGUGAAUUUAGAUUACGCUUUUAAAUAUUUCGUAGAUUUUAAAGAAAAACCAGAACAUGUGUAUUUCGAACACGCCUACAAUCAACCCAGCUACAAGAAGUAUUACAGCGGCUACGUUAACCCAGCGAAAUACCUUUUUACCACUCCAGUGCCGAAUCCCGUCCAUGAAACAACUUCCGGUAAUGAGCACAUAGACGUAGAAACAGUCGGACACACUCCUCCUUUAUUCUAUAAUUCGGCGAAAAUAAACGAACUGGUGGAAAACGAAGAAAUGCCAGAAUUCGAAGAUAAUUGGAUGGAUAAAGUUGAUUAUCGUGAUUGGAACGUGGUGAAAAAUCGUUUAUUUCGAUCAGUGGUACAAGUGUUGGAAGCGGAUUACUUAGCUCGUUUGGCUCAUAAAGGAUUACGCGACGAAGCUGUCAAGAGACAUUUGAUGCUUAAAAAGACUGCUUUCCGCCUGAAACGUAUUUAUGGUUCAGUUGGUUGGGAAGCUUAUACUGCUCAAUGGCUGCAUGGUUUUUUACUCGAUAAAUUACCAGCAGCUUACUUGAAAAUAUAUACGGAGGCGUUUCAAUGUUUGGAAACCAAAGUACCUUCGCAUUUAUUGGAUCAUAUGAUUAUUCCUUCGUCUUCGUUGUCAGUUCGUUCGCGAAUUUUAAACCCCGAAGCUCAAACCAAAAAACCAGCUGAUUUGUUUAGUGCUGCUUUAUCGCAACAUAAACCGAAAAAAAUUCUCGGUGAUCCGUUAUUAGUGUUGGUUCCUUCGAAUAUGGGUAACAGUUUCCAAUCAAAUACCAGACCUUUUCGAUUAAUGAGCGAAUUAUCACUGCUGAGUACAUUAGUUACCGUAACUGUACCAAAGAGUUCUACACCUGUCGAGCUCCCAAAGCUACUGGAACAAAUGAUCAGCGCGACAGUAUCGAAAGUAAUCGAACUUCAAGCUGAUUAUCCAGCCAGACCUAUUAUUUUGAUCGGUGUGGAUGCUGGAUCUCUGCUUGCUUGUCAUAUAGCUCACGGUUUCAAUACGAAAAUCACGGCUGUUGUAUGUCUAGGAUUUCAUUUAUUCACUAUGGAGGGUAAAGUUGGCAAAGCUAACGAUAAACUAUUGAAAAUAAGAACUCCUAUAUUAUUCGUUGUGGGACAAAACGCGACCAGAACAACGAUCGAUGAAAUCGAAGAAUUCAGGGCUAAAUUACAAUGUAGAACUGGUUUGCUUGUCGUUGGAGGAGCAGACGAUCAUUUACGAGUGAAUAGUUUAUUAAAAAUGAAAUGUUCUUUGACGCAGAGUGUCGUUGAUAGAUGUAUUUUGAAUGAAAUUGCUGAAUUCCUCAGCGAAGUUAUUCAGCCUCCUAAGGUGGUGGUAUCGAUCACUCAUAUAUCCAAUUCUGACUUGAGCACGAGUAAAACCACCGCCACCGUAUCAUCAGCUCAAGCUCAAUUACUGAAACAACUUUUGAGUGAAUCUGCGAAGAAAUCUCGCGCGACUAUAAUAAGGAAAACAAUCAAACCAGCUAUAAAUGCGGCUGGUAAAUCUCAGAUCGAUCACGAGUAUGGAACUCAAAGUACGAGAGCAGAGGAUGGAACUACGCAAAUAAUCAGACAACCAAAAACAAUCACUAUACAGACUGAAAGACCUUCUCAGUCCGAUGGCGUAUCUCAAAUUAAAAAAUUGACCACUUCUGGUGGUACAGAUGCUUCCAGCGAAUCUAAAGGAUACCAUCGAAUCGAAUUCUCAGGAACCCCUAGCACCUCAUUCACCUAUCAAAUUGUAGGAGUGAAUCGAAAAUCGCCCACUAAUACAGAGACCACGACUAGAUUUUCACCUUUCCCAGUUUUUACUCGAAAAACUCGAGGUGGCCGAAGACCCUAUCAGCGUCGUACUUUGCCUCCCAAAAGAGUAGUGGAUAAAACCGGUAUGCUUUCUUCGCUUUCAUCACCUGGUCCAGACAGUAACGGUAGCAACGAAGCUAAGCCUUCGACGAUUGAAAAUUUAACUCCGGAUAGUCUAUUAGAUCUACCAAUCGUGUUCGCCGAUGAAAACGACGAAGAGAAUGUAAUCAACGAUGUUAGUUUGACGUCGUACGAACCUUAAAAACAACUCUGAUUUGAAACAAAAUGUAAAAAUAUAUUAAUUAUAAUUAAUAAAAAAGACAUCUGUGAUCUUUAACGUAAUAAAAUGUUACAAAAAUC